CAAACCGCUUCGUGGGGACCCGCGAACAAGGCCGACCUCAAGCACUGGCUCAUGUACUUGUACGUACUCCGUUGCAUCGUCGCUGUAAAAUAUGUCGAUGAGUGGCUCGCUACCGCUGUACUACCCCUGAAGGCGCUCUUCCUCCUCUACCUUACCCUCCCACAAACAUCAGGCUUCGUCUGGCUGUACGUGACCCACCUCUUCCCGUUUUUUGAGGCUCACGAGUACGAGGUCGACGCCCUCACGCUCUCCCAGCUCAAG